AUGGCUCCUAAAACUGGAAAGGCCAAGCCUCAUAAAGCUAAAGGAGAGAAAAAGAAGAAGGAAGAAAAAGUUUUGCCUACAGUCAUCGAAGCCACCGUUGAAACCCCAGACGAAUCUCAAGUGACUCUCAAGGGCAUCUCUACAGACAGGAUCUUAGAUAUAAGAAAGCUUUUGGGUGUGCAUGUCGAGACAUGCCAUUUGACCAAUUUCUCCUUAUCUCACGAGGUACGGGGACCCACACUCAAAGAUUCAGUGGACAUCAUCUCGCUCAAACCCUGCCACCUCACCAUUGUGGAAGAGGACUACACCGAAGACCAAUCCAUCGCUCACAUUCGGCGUCUCCUCGACAUUGUCGCCUGCACCACCUCAUUUGGCGUCUCUUCCACUUCUCCGAACAAAACAGCGGGUCGAACCGGAAAUUCUAAGGAGUCCGGUUCAAAGGAGACCGGUUCGACUGAGACAGGCGGAGAUAGCAAGAAAAGCGAGAACAAGAGCGGGAAGGAUGCUUGCACCGAAGGGAUGGAGAAAGCGGAUGCGGCGGUUUCCAUGUGUCGGCCGCCACGGCUUGGCCAGUUUUAUGACUUCUUCUCUUUCUCGCACCUCACGCCGCCGGUUCAAUAUAUCAGGAGAUCUAAUCGGCGUUUCCUUGAAGAUAAAACGGAAGAUGAUUUCUUCCAGAUAGACGUUAGGGUUUGCAGUGGGAAGCCAAUGACGAUUGUGGCAUCGCGGAAAGGAUUUUAUCCAGCUGGAAAACGCGUUCUUCUUUGUCACUCUUUGGUUAGUUUGUUGCAGCAGAUUAGCAGAAUUUUUGAUGCUGCAUACAAAGCUCUUAUGAAAGCUUUCACUGAGCAUAAUAAAUUUGGUAACCUUCCUUACGGUUUUCGGGCGAACACGUGGGUUGUUCCACCGGUUGUUGCUGAUAAUCCAUUUGUUUUUCCGCCACUUCCUGUGGAGGAUGAGAAUUGGGGAGGUAAUGGAGGAGGACAAGGAAGAGAUGGGAAACAUGAUUACAGGCCAUGGGCAAAGGAGUUUGCCAUUCUGGCAGCAAUGCCUUGUAAAACAGCAGAAGAGAGGCAAGUUCGGGACCGGAAAGCCUUUUUGCUUCAUAGUUUAUUUGUUGAUGUUUCUGUUUUUAAAGCUGUUGCAGCAAUCAAGUGUAUCCUUGAAAGUAAUCAGUGCUUUUUAAGUGAUCCUGUCAAGUCGGUUUUGCAUGAGGAAAGAAUUGGAGAUUUGAUUAUUAUCAUUACGAGGGAUGUGUCAGAUGCUAGCACCAAGUUGGAUUGUAAAAACGAUGGGUGUCAGGUUCUUGGAGUGUCACAGGAAGAGCUUGCUCGGAGAAAUUUACUUAAGGGCAUAACUGCUGAUGAAAGUGCAACUGUUCAUGAUACUCCCACUUUAGGUGUUGUGGUUGUUCGACAUUGUGGCUUCACAGCUGUUGUUAAAGUUUCUUCUGAGGUGAACUGGGAGGGGAAUCCUAUUCCCCAGGACAUUUCCAUAGAGGAUCACCCUGAAGGAGGUGCCAAUGCCUUAAAUGUUAAUAGCUUGAGAAUGCUAUUGCAUAAGCCAUCUAUGCCUCAAUCAUCUAGUACACUCCAGCGACUACAAGGUGGAGAUCUUGAAAAUUUACGCUCUGCUAGGUCUUUGGUGAGGAAGAUAUUAGAGGAUAGUUUGUUGAAGCUGCAGGAAGAAUCCAGCAAAUGCAAGAAGUCUAUCAGAUGGGAGCUAGGAGCAUGUUGGGUUCAACAUUUGCAAAAUCAGGCUUCAGGGAAAACUGAAGCUAAGAAAACUGAAGAUACUAAACCUGAACCUGCUGUCAAGGGGCUUGGAAAGCAAGGUGCAUUGUUAAGGGAGAUAAAGAAGAAAACUGAUGUCAGAACCAGCAAAACUGAAGAGGGAAAAGAUGUUUCUGCUGGUACCAACGUUGACAUGAGCAAAAACUCUGAUAGCACUAAUCAGAAUGAAUCGGAGAAAAAAGAUGAGGAAAUGGAAGUCAUGUGGAAAAAGUUGCUUCCUGAAGCAGCAUAUCUGCGACUUAAAGAAUCAGAAACCAGUCUUCACCUCAAGACACCUGAUGAGUUGAUUGAAAUGGCACAUAAAUACUAUGCUGAAAUUGCUCUUCCAAAACUGGUGGCAGAUUUUGGCUCCCUGGAACUGUCACCGGUUGAUGGAAGAACAUUGACAGAUUUUAUGCAUACAAGGGGUUUGCAGAUGUGUUCUUUGGGGCGUGUGGUUGAACUUGCUGACAAGCUCCCUCAUGUGCAAUCACUCUGUAUCCAUGAAAUGAUUGUCCGAGCCUACAAACACGUAUUACAAGCUGUUGUAGCAUCAGUUAAUAAUGCUACUGACUUGGCUGUUUGCAUUGCAUCAUGUCUAAAUAUAUUGUUAGGAACACCUUCAACUGAAAAUGAGGACACAGAUAUCAUAAUCGAUGAGAAACUAAAGUGGAAGUGGGUGGAAACCUUCCUUGUAAAGAGGUUUGGGUGGCAGUGGAAGCAUAAGAGCUGCCAGGAUCUAAGAAAGUUUGCCAUUCUUCGUGGACUGUCCCACAAGGUUGGCCUGGAGCUUCUUCCCAGGGACUAUGAUAUGGACAAUGCUUCUCCUUUCAAGAAGUCCGAUAUUAUAAGCAUGGUCCCUAUAUACAAGCAUGUUGCAUGUUCAUCUGCAGAUGGACGUACACUGCUAGAAUCAUCCAAAACUUCCUUAGAUAAAGGUAAAUUGGAGGAUGCUGUAAACUAUGGAACUAAGGCACUGUCAAAACUUGUGUCAGUCUGCGGCCCUUACCAUCGAAUGACUGCAGGAGCAUAUAGUCUUCUGGCUGUAGUUCUCUACCAUACUGGGGACUUUAAUCAGAUGACUAUCUUGUCUCUCGGCUUUGCUAUGGAUGAUCUAAGAGUAGCUGUACGCUUGCAAGUCCUAAAGAGCUUGGAUAUAAAGGUUAGAGUGUUUAAAGCUACCAUUUAUCAACAAAAAGCUUUGGAUAUUAAUGAGAGGGAGCUCGGACUUGAUCAUCCUGAUACAAUGAAAAGUUAUGGGGAUCUAGCUGUCUUCUAUUAUCGUCUUCAACAUACUGAAUUGGCCUUGAAGUAUGUCAAUCGUGCGCUGUAUCUUUUGCAUCUAACAUGCGGGCCAUCUCAUCCAAAUACUGCUGCCACGUAUAUCAAUGUAGCAAUGAUGGAAGAAGGAUUAGGGAACGUACAUGUUGCUCUUAGGUACCUUCAUGAGGCUCUCAAGUGUAACCAGAGACUACUUGGAGCGGAUCAUAUCCAGACUGCUGCCAGCUACCAUGCCAUAGCAAUUGCUCUGUCAUUGAUGGAAGCUUACUCCUUAAGUGUUCAGCAUGAACAGACUACACUGCAAAUACUGCAGGCCAAGCUUGGAACUGAGGAUCUACGCACACAGGAUGCAGCUGCAUGGCUUGAAUAUUUUGAGUCAAAAGCUCUGGAGCAGCAAGAAGCUGCACGCAAUGGUACUCCAAAGCCAGAUGCCUCAAUCUCCAGUAAAGGUCAUUUAAGUGUAUCAGAUCUUUUGGAUUAUAUAACACCGGAUGCGGGUAUGAAAGCAAGAGAAGCUCAAAAGAAAGCUCGUGCAAAGGUUAAAGGCAAACCAGGCCAAAAUGGGGACACAAUCUCAGAUGAAUACCAAAAGGAUGAAAUUUUGUCACCAACUUAUCCUGUUGUUGAGAAUUCAAGUGAUAAAGAAAACAAAUCUGAAACACAAUUCGCAGAGCCUAGGAAUGAAAAAUCUGAUUCAGGUCUUCCAGAUCAGUCAUUGUUGAAGAGGAGUGAUGAUAUGACACAAGAGGAAGACUCGGAUGAAGGAUGGCAAGAAGCUGUUCCUAAAGGCCGUUCACCUACAAGCCGCAAAUUUUCUGGUUCAAGGAGGCCAAGCCUAGCAAAAUUGAAUACCAACUUUAUGAAUGUACCCCAGUCAUCAAGAUUCCGAGGAAAGCCUUUUGCAUCCCCUAAAACAUCACCAAAUGAUCCUGCUGCUUCCACUGGACUGACAGUUCCUGUUCCUAAGAAGUUUGUUAAGAGUGCCAGCUUCAGUCCAAAAGUAAAUGACUCUGGUGUCUCUACUGGUGGAGCAGAGAAAUCAGGCAACCCUAAAUCAGCCCCAGGUACCCCUGCCUCAACUGAACAAGUUGCCAAAGCAAGUCCAAUCAGUGUUCAGGCGGCUGGAAAAAUGUUUUCCUAUAAAGAAGUUGCUUUGGCUCCUCCUGGGACAAUAGUCAAGGCAGUAGCAGAACAGUUGCCGAAAGGAAAUCUUCCAAUGGAACCGGGUACUCAGGGUAGCAAUGAGACAGCUGCAACUGAUGUCACAUCAGGAGAGGUGACGGCAUUAAAAGCUGCAGAGGUACAAAAAUUUCAGAAACCGGAAGGAGAGAGACAGCUUCCAGCUUCAGAGGGAAUGAUAAGUCCUGUCGAUCAAGAGAAAGAAACAGAAUCUGCUGUUGAGGAUCGCAAAGAUACAGAAGAUGGAGGUGCUGAAAUUAAAACAGGUGCUGUUAAAGUUACAACCCCAGAAGCUGGAAAUAUUUCAGUAUUGGGUAAUGAGAAUUUGGAUACUUCUAAGGAUCCAAAUACCUUGUCUUCCCCAACAGAAGUGCCUGAAUCACGAGCAUCAGAAGGUUUACCAGCAGCUUCCCCUGAUCUGGAACCUCAAUCUACUUCAACUGAAAAUGCUGGUUUACUGGAAAAAGAUGCUUCAACUACAAAUGAAAAGGCAGAAGAUGAGAAUACUCAGGAUCCAUCUAAUGACAAUGCAAAUGCUAAGACAUUGUCAACUGAAGGAGGAAAGCAAGACGAAGCAGAAACUGGAAAGGAGACAACCAAGAAACUUUCUGCGGCUGCACCACCAUUUAACCCAUCCACAAUUCCAGUUUUUGGUUCAGUUACUGUUCCAGGAUUCAAUGAUCAUGGAGGACUUCUUCCUCCACCAGUGAUUCCUCCACUGCUUACUGUCAAUCCUGUUCGCAGAUCUCCUCAUCAGUCAGCAACAGCUAGGGUUCCAUAUGGUCCGAGGCUGUCUGGUGGUUAUAACAGAUCUGGAAGUCGAGUUCCACGUAACAAGCCGAGCUUCCACAAUGGUGAGCAGACAGGGGAUGGGAAUCAUUUCAGCCCUCCUAGAAUAAUGAACCCACAUGCAGCCGAGUUUGUGCCUGCCCAACCUUGGGUUCCCAAUGGCUAUCCAUUGCUACAAAAUGGUUAUAUGGCUACCACAAACGGUUUGCCAGUAUCUCCAAAUGGCUUCCCCCUUUCCCCUACCAGUAUUCCUGUGUCACCAGAUGGAUAUGCAGCACCAUUCAAUGGGUUUCCAGCCUCUCCGGUCAGUUCAGUAGAAACACCCACAUUAGUUUCUGUUGACGGUGGUGAAAACAAGAGUGAAGCUACGUCAGAGAAUGGUACUGAAAAUUCUGCAAUCGAAGUAGGAGUUGAAAACAAGUCAGGUGAGAAAGAGCAUCAAGAAGAUCAAGAAGAUGAUGCAAAUCCUGAAAUAGGAGAAAAGCCUGCUAAUGUCCCGGAGACUAGUGAUACUGUGGUAGCAAAAGAAACUUGUGAUAGCGUGCCAAGCGAGGAGAAACCAGGCAAGUGUUGGGCAGAUUACAGCGAUAGCGAAGCUGAUAUUGUUGAGGUUGCAAGUUGA